AUGGAAGCCCCGCAAUUUGCCGCCAUGCUCCAAGAACGCGACCAUUGCAUCCAGCUCCUGGCAUCUUGCAAGAGCCUGGCGAUGACGAGAGAGGCUCACACCCAGCUCAAGGAGCUGGAUUUCUUCGCCCACGACACGAGGCUCUCGAACACACUGAUCCAACUCUACGGGAGAUUUGGGGGCGUCAAGCAAGCCCGCCAAGUGUUUGAUGCCAUGCCCUCCAGGACAAUCUACUCGUGGGUUUCCAUGCUAAGAGCAUAUGCCCAAAACGGGCAUAUUGAAGACGCAGCGCAGGUGUACAAUAGGAUGCCUCAACUGGAUCUGGUGACGUGGACGACCAUGCUAGUCGCAUAUGCCCAAGAAGGAAAUCUUAGAGAAUCAUUGCAAGUAUUCUCUGAAAUGCGCGAGAGAGACAUAGUGACCUGGAAUGCCAUGCUGACUGCAUAUGCUCAAAACGGGCAAAUACAUAAGAUGAAAGAGUUUUCUUACAAGAUGCCAGAACAAAACCUUGUAACGUGGAAUGCAUUAUUGGGGGGAUUUGCCAAAAACGGCAGAUUGCAGGAUUCCAAGCGGGUGUUUGAUUCCAUGGCCGAAAGGAAUCUCGUGACGUGGAACUCGAUGCUUACGGCAUAUGCCCAGCUUGGGCAUCUGCUGGAUGCCAAGAACCUCUUUGACACGAUGCCCGAAUGGGAUCUCCACUGCAAUACGGCGCUCCAAUCCGCCUACGCUAAUGCCGGAUGCGUGAGCGAUGCCAAGAGGCUCUUUGAUUCCGCCCAGCAGCGGGAUCUGGCGUGCUGGAACUCGAUGAUCUCUGCUUAUGCUCAUGCCGGACAAGUAUCGCAGUCGAGAUCUCUCUUUGAUGCGAUGCCUGAGAGGGAUGUUCUCUCCUGGACGGCGAUGCUUGUCGCCUACACUCAAAACAGACAGAUUAGAGAGGCCCAAGCCUUGUUUUGCGAGAUGAAGGAGCGGAGCUUGAUCGCCUGCAAUGCAAUGCUUGCGGCGUUCUCCCAGGAAGGGAUGCUGGACUCAGCCAGGGACCUCUUCGAAUUCUCUUUCCAGAAGCGGGAUCUUAUCUCAUGGAACGCAAUGCUUAGCGGGUAUGCCCAGAGCGGGCAAAUCCGGGAGGCCCGUGAGCUGUUCGAUCGAAUGCCAGAGAGGAAUCUCGUCUCGUGGACAACGCUUCUGGGUGGAUUUGCGUCAAUUGGUUGGGUGGAAGAGGCGAAGUCAAUGUUUGAUCGAAUGGCGCGCUGGGAUCUCGUCGCCAUCAAUGCAAUGAUCACAGCCUUUGCCUCUAAAGGGCAUCUUGGCGAGGCAAAGAGGAUCUUUAGCACAAUGGAGGAACGGAAUCUAGUCACCUGGACGAUUGUUGUGUCCGCCGUGGCACAAGCUGGCCAGCUUGAAGAUGCGUGGUAUCUUUUUCACGCAAUGGACGAAAGAAACUCUGUGACGCGGAAUGCAAUGCUCUCGGCAUAUGCCCAGCACGGGCAUCUGCAAGAUGCCAGGAGGAUCUUUGAUGGCAUCGAGGAGCCCAGCGUGGUAUCGUGGAACGCGCUCAUGGCAGCGUAUGGGCACAACGAGAGGCCACACGAGGCCUUACAUCUCUUCCACGCAAUGGUACUCGAGGCAGUGUCUCCGAACGAUGUCUCCUUCGUGACGAUGCUGAGGGCGUGCAUCCAUGCGGGCGAGUUACACCGAGGGCGCGCUGCAUUUGUUUCGAUCCAUCGAGAUUUCCAGCAGCGUCCCACGAAGCAGCACUUUAGCUGCGCGAUCGAUCUCCUGGCGCGCGGGGGAUACGUUGUGGAUGCCCGGGAGCUCGCCGAGACGAUGCCGUUCGAGCCCGAUUCGCUGGAUCGGUCGUGCCUCUUGGGAGCCUGUGGCAGCCACAAAGAAGCAAAAUCGAUAUUUGACGGUGGCGGCAGUCCUGCGGAUGCCGCUGGCUAUAUCCUCCUUGCGAACUCUGUGGCACUAGACAAAUAG